CCGUGGGCCUGCGUGCGUAGGCCCCCGAUGUGUCACAACUCACCGAUUCUUAUUAUUUUCCCUCUCUCCCUGUAUUGGGCCGUAAUUUUGAGUUUUUAUUUUUGGAAUUUAUUUUUUUUCCCCUCCUCGAGGGAGCAGUCAGCAGAGGGUGCUAAUUUCGCUCAUCCUCGACCGCCCGCGGUACUGGUGCGACGACGCUGCAGGACCUGGGGGCUACUAGUAGUAGCCCGGUCGAACAUGGAUGGGGUCUGCGAAACCUUUCCGCCCCAUUGCCCCUCGGAGGAUCCCAGAGCCUCCAGUCCCGGCCGCUGCGCCCGAGGAGGGGAAAAUCAAGCGAGCUUCCACGGCUUGCGGGGAAUGUAAACGACGUCGAACGAAGUGUAGCGCUGAUACUACGGGGACUCCGUGUGCUGAAUGUGCUCUCCACGGCCGGGAGUGUGUGAUCGAUGAAUUUGCCGACAAGCGACGCAAGGUGGCCGCCAAGCGGACUCUGGAGGAUCUGAGAUUCUACCGGGGGUUUCUGGAAUUGCUUCUCGAGGCGAUUCGCAUCGGUGAUGACGCCUUUGUCGAGCGCCUUGUCAAUGUCAUCCGGGCGGGCGCGUCCUAUGAUGAGAUCCAGGCUCUUCUGGCGAAGUUUGCGCCCAGUGAUGAGAUGAAUAUGCCAGAUGGAGUGGAUUUCGGGGUAACAGACAGCAAUAACAACAGUCCGCCGACCAGCUCGAAGCCCGAUGGUAUGACCCGAUGACCAGACGAACGAACCGACCACCACCGACCAAGUAUAUCAGCUUGGUGACCCGCUUACCUUUGCCGACUACGACUCCUACGCUAGCACACACCGAUAGCCCCGA